AUGCAUAAUUCGAUAAGAGAAAGAAGUAACAGGAAACAAAAAAUUAACGAAAAAUUUUUAGUCGAUAAUGGAUCAUCUUCAUCUCUCGAAAAUUUGAGUACUUACGUUAUAGAAAAAUUAGGAAAGAAUAUAAAUCCUAAUAAUUUAAAUGGAGAAUGUGAAAGAUUGGAUGCUCUUAAAAAAUCAAUAAAUGACCUAUAUAGCGAGUCUAUGGAAAUUUGGAAUGAACGAUACAAUGAAGUUGAUGUCCUUAGAAAGUCUGGAGGUAUUCAAAACCCUGUUAACGAUGAAUCUAUUAUAGUUGAUGAACCUACUGUAGUUGAUGAGUAUCCUGUUAAUGAUGAACCUACUAUUGUUGAUGAAGAUCCCGUUAAUGACGAACUUAUUAAUGAUGAACCUAUUAUUAAAGAUCCCACUGAUAAACAUAUUAUUCCUCCAGAAGGAAAUGGUAUUGGAAGCGGAGGCGUAAAACGAAUUUCUAGUACUUGCUAUGAAGAUACUCGCGAUACAUUAAAGUUGUUUCUUAAAAGUGUAAUUGAAGAUGCUGUCAUUUAUACAAAUCUUGCAAAACGUAAAACAAUAAAAUAUAUGGAUAUUGUUUAUGCACUAAAAAAGCGAGGAAUACAUUUUUAUGGAUUUAAUAGAUAA